GACGCUGAGCUGCAUUCCCACCAUUCUGAGGAGAGGAGGAUUCUCCUGCGCAGCCACAGCAUAGAGGGAGUCACGGGCCUUUAAAGAAGAAAAAUAGGAAUAAAACACGUAAAAUAUAACCCAAGUGAGGCUUUUCAUCUGCCACCAUGUCAGGCGGAGCAGAUUUGGGGAACCCACUGAGGAAAUUCAAAUUGGUGUUUUUGGGAGAGCAAAGCGUGGGAAAAACAUCUCUCAUCACCAGAUUCAUGUAUGACAGUUUUGACAACACAUAUCAGGCCACAAUUGGAAUCGACUUCCUAUCAAAGACCAUGUACCUGGAAGACCGGACAGUAAGGCUGCAGCUGUGGGACACAGCUGGACAGGAGCGCUUCAGGAGCCUUAUUCCUAGCUACAUCCGAGAUUCUACAGUGGCAGUGGUUGUCUAUGACAUUACAAACGUAAACUCAUUCCAGCAGACCUGCAAAUGGAUUGAUGAUGUCAGGACAGAGAGAGGAAGUGAUGUUAUCAUCAUGCUUGUGGGCAACAAGACAGAUCUGGAGGAGAAGAGGCAAAUCACGAUUGAAGAAGGAGAGCAGAGAGCCAAGGAGCUAAACGUCAUGUUCAUCGAGACCAGUGCCAAGACAGGCUCCAAUGUCAAACAACUGUUUCGUCGAGUCGCUGCUGCACUACCUGGGAUGGAAAGUCUGGAUGAUGCAAACCCCGAAGGCAUGAUUGACAUCAAGCUGGACAAACCACCAGAGCCGGCCGUCCCUGAGGGCGGCUGUUCGUGUUAAUGCUGAGCUGCUUCUGGACGGCUCCCUUCACACCAUAGGCUUGUUACGUUGCUUAAUACUGGCUAGCUUCCAGUUGACUUCUUUAAUUGGAUAUAGGAACGAGACCUUGUAUCUGAUUUGACAAAUCAAAUGUUAUCUUUCAGUCUUGUUCAGUUGUAAGAUAUUGUAUACUUUGUCAAUAUGUAAGAGACUGGUGGAGGAGAAAAAAAAUAUAAAUAAAAAUGUUGCAAUGAAAAAGAACGACAAAAAAGAAACAGUUUGGAAAGAAAAAAAAGUGGGAAAAUGGGGCAACUAACAGAUUUCUUUUCGCUGUUAUGUUUUGUAUUUUUAUAUAUAUAAAAAAGGGAAAGCACCAAAAAUGAGGCCUAAACACAGAAGGGGAAUAGUUGGAAGGUCAGCCAUUUCUCUUGGCUGCCAAACACGUCUGAAUGUGGCAGAACGCAUGCACGCUGAUCUGAUCUUUGACCUUUGACCUUUGGUCUACCUUCCAGUGUCUCUCUGUGCUCUGGGAGGAGGCUGACUAUCUUAGAAUGUUUUAUAGCAUCUCUCUAUAGCAUCUCAUAACAAAACGUCUCUCAUUUGAUAUUCCCUACAAAGGUCAAACAACUUCCUGUAGGUUCACCCAACAGUAGCUGUGAAUAUGUGGCACUCUCUCCCUCUUUCUCUCUCUCUCUCUCUCUCUCUCUCUCUCUCUCUCUCUCU